GAAUCAACAUCAACGUGCAAGUGUAAGGCUUGAGGAUUUUCAACUUCAGAAUCAGACCCACAACUCAUUUUUUCUUUUUAAUUAAUAUAAAAUUAUCUACUACACUUCCAUUUCCCUUUUCUCUGUUUCUUCCACUUUUCACUUCCAUUCCAUUUUUCAAAUACAACAAAACUUGUUACUCUCUUUGUUUUCUUCCUGUCUUCUAUUUCGAUUUCUGAACCAUGAAACUUAACAACAAACUUUCCAUGCCAACCCCAACUUCUACUUCAAAUUUCGGUGACCUUAUCGCCGACCAGUUUCCGGCUGGUCUCCGUGUACUUGUUGUCGAUGAUGACCCUACCUGCCUCACGAUCCUUGAAAGAAUGCUCCAUUUUUGCCUCUACGAAGUUACAAAAUGUAAGAGAGCUGAGGUUGCAUUAUCACUUCUUAGAGAGAACAAAAAUGGGUUUGACAUUGUUUUAAGUGAUGUUCAUAUGCCUGACAUGGAUGGAUUCAAACUUUUGGAACACAUUGGAUUGGAGAUGGAUCUUCCUGUUAUUAUGAUGUCAGCCGAUGAUGGGAAAAAUGUGGUAAUGAAAGGUGUGAGACAUGGUGCUUGUGAUUACCUAAUCAAACCGGUGCGAAUCGAGGCUUUGAAGAAUAUAUGGCAGCACGUGGUUAGGAAGAGAAAGAAUGGUCGUAAAGAUGUGGAGCAAUCCGGUGGAUUAGAUGAUGGAGAUCGACGACAAAAGGCGUGUGAUGAUGUUGAUUACUCGUCUUCAGCUAAUGAAGGCAAGAGCUCGAGGAAGAGGAGGGAUGAGGAAGACGAUGAAGCGGAUGAGAGGGAUGAUUCUUCCACGUUAAAGAAGCCACGAGUUGUUUGGUCUGUUGAGCUUCAUCAACAGUUUAUGGCUGCUGUGAAUCAAUUGGGAUUAGACAAAGCUGUUCCUAAAAAGAUUAUGGAAAUGAUGAAUGUUCCGGGACUCACUAGAGAAAACGUUGCUAGCCAUCUUCAGAAAUACCGUUUGUAUCUUCGAAGACUAAGCGGAGUUCCCCAGCAGCAAAGUAACAUGAACAAUUACUUUAUCAUGAGUCCACAAGAGUCAUCCACAUUUGGGGCAACUUCAAUAAAUGCAAUUGAUCUUCAAAAUCUCCCACCGCAAAGUCUAGCCAAACUUCAAUGGUCAACAGCAAAAGCGGGUGCGCCCUUUUCUCUAGUUGAGCAAAAUAACCUUUUCGGUUUUGAGAACUCAAAAUUAAGAUUUGGAGAAGGGCAGCUGCAACAUUCAAGCAGCAGUAAAUCGACAAACUUUCUACAUGGAAUCCCUACAAACAUGGAGCCAAAGCAGUUCGCUAAUUUGCAUCAGUCUGCACAAUCCUUUGGCAGCAUGAGUAUGCGAGUCAAUGCUUCUACUUCACAGAGAAGCCCCUGGUCAACACAGACAGCUCGGUUUCUACCAAGAGGUCAGAUGCUAAAUGAGAAUACAAAUUCUCAUGCUACAAGGUUUCCAUCAUCUUUGGUGCAGCUUGCAGGACCCAAAGGAAAUGUAAUUGUUGCUGAUACAAGCAACAUAACUCCUUCCUAUAAUUCAGUUUCGCAAAGGUCUUCAUUGUCGAGUUUUCCUAUGAACCAAACCACUGAAAUAUCAGUCAAUAGUUUCCCUCUUAGACGCACUCCAGGCAUCUCAAGUAUCAAUUCAAAAGGUGCGUUUCGUGAGGAAGCUACUUCGGGAAUUAAAGGGUCGGGCGGAUUAUUUCCAAGUUAUGAUAUUUUUAAUGAACUCCAUCAGAAGUCCAAUGACUGGGACUUGGCAAAUGCAGGCCUGACAUAUGGUGAUUCUCAUCAUGAAAAUCCUUUACAAGGCCAUCGUGGUGUUUCGUCUAUCCAACCGACAGGACAAGUUAGAGAUUCUACUUUGAUUGGAAAAACUUUGAUCUCCACUGGUGAUGGUAUGAGUCAAGGUAAUAUUCAAAAUUUUGGUCAACACAUCAAUACAUUUCUUGUUGACAAUAUCGUAAGGGUUAAAAGCGAAAGAAUUCCCGAUCCAAGUUCUGAGAUUAACCCUUUCUCCGAGCAAUUCGGUCACGUUGAUCUCAUGAGUGCACUUCUGAAUCAGUACGAAGGCGUUGGACCGGUUGAAAAUGAGUUUGACUUUGACGGAUAUUCCAUCGACAAUAUUCCUGUCUAGAAUAGAUCCUGCUAGUUCUCUUUCUAAUUGCAGUUGCCAAUGUAAAUAGUUGGUGUUCCUCAUGAAUCUAAUCAUCAUCAUGCAACUAGCUAGUUCAUACCUGAGUUUAAAUUGUUCAAAAUAUAGAAUUUAGUUGAUGUUAAAAAGUGUGAUUCUUGCAGUCCAACCUUUUCUAUAAUCUGUAUAUACAUUUCAAUUUAUGCUCACACCACAAUUAUCACCUCAUGACAUAGGGUCAAGUAUUGGUAGUUUUUUCAAAAUUGUCCAUGUAUGGAACAAGAAGUGCUUUUGGUUGCUGCCACAUAGAUGGUGUAGUAGUACUACUAUAGGUUCAUCAUGUAGUUGAAAAUUGGAUCUUUUCAAA